GAUCCGCUCACAGAGACGUCCCCGAACCGUCUCAGCGGAAACAUCACCUCCCCCGGUCACGUACGGUCUCGUAAUAGUUCAGUUUUUAAACUUUGAUGGCAGCGUCUGACCUUAGACACAUAUUCGGCAAUGUCUAGUAUCGAUAUGAGCAUGUUUGCGUCUUUGUGACACAAAUGGAGAAUUCUGACACAGGUCCAUCCUCGGGGACCCUGGCAGUACUGGACAGGGGUAUGGUGCAACCCUCAGGCCCCCCUGGUCAGCUGUCAGAGUCAGCCAGGCCCUCCAAACACAGGGAGAACCCAACCAAGUCACCUAGGAGACGGCGGGAAGGGAAGAGGUCGCAGCGACGGGGGGAUGGUCAGGAACAGCUGCUCUGGGGGAUCGAGCGGCGGAGGUUGCCAGGACAACACGAGCACUUGGAGCCCUCUGGGUCGGCAAGCGACACAGCCGAAAGCUCACCUAAGAGGAGAGCCCACUUUCUACAUGGACCGUAUCCAGCCACUCACUUCGGACCCAAAGCCUGUAUUCUUCCCAACCCAACUUCAGUCAUGCACAUCCAGGACCCUGCCAGCCAGCGGCUCACCUGGAAUAAACCUCCAGUCAACGUGCUUGUCAUCAGAAAAAUCAGAGAUGAGAGUUUGGUUGAGCCUUUCAAAGAGCUCUGCAGGUUUCUAGUGGAGGAGAAGCAGAUGAUGGUGUACGUGGAACGCAGGGUGGCAGAUGAUGCUACGCUGUCAAAGGACGAGACCUUCGGCUCCAUACGCAAUCAGCUCUGCACCUUCAGGGAGGGUUAUGAUGAUAUCUCUGACUGCAUAGACCUGAUCAUCUGUCUGGGUGGAGAUGGGACUCUGCUCUACGCUUCCUCUCUUUUCCAGGGCAGCGUUCCUCCCGUCAUGGCAUUUCACCUUGGUUCUCUGGGUUUCCUGACACCCUUCAAGUUUGAUUCAUACAAGACUGAAGUGGCCAAAGUGUUUGAAGGCAACGCGGCCAUCACUCUGCGCAGUCGUCUGAAGGUGAAGGUGGUGAAGGACAUGCUUCAGAGAACAGGCCAGCAGCCAUACAACCGAGAGCCGCCGCAGCAGCAACCCGAGCACAAUGGACUCCUUCCUCACGGACACACUAACAGCGAGGCAGGCAAGGUCACCCUGCAGCUACAGGUGUUGAAUGAGGUGGUGGUGGAUCGAGGCCCAUCCUCUUACCUGUCCAAUGUCGACCUGUACCUCGAUGGGCGACUCAUCACCUCCGUGCAGGGAGACGGUGUGAUUGUGUCUACACCCACAGGCAGCACGGCAUACGCAGCUGCAGCAGGAGCCUCAAUGAUCCACCCCAACGUACCCGCCAUCAUGGUGACCCCCAUCUGCCCACACUCGCUCUCCUUCAGGCCUAUCGUUGUCCCUGCUGGGGUGGAGCUCAUGAUUACUUUGUCUCCGGAUGCCAGAAACACCGCCUGGGUGUCGUUUGAUGGCCGGAGGAGACAGGAGAUCCAGCAUGGAGACUCCAUCAAGAUCACUACAUCUUGCUACCCCGUUCCGUCUAUCUGCUGUCAUGACUUGGUGUACGACUGGUUCGAAAGCCUGGCUCAGUGUUUGCACUGGAACGUUCGCAAGAGGCAGGCACGACUGGCAGAUGUCUCGGACUCCUCAGACACUGAAAACUGAGUCAGCGGGUACUUUUUACUGGCCCGAGUUAAACAUAUUCAGCCAACGCUCUCCGCAGCAGCUGAGUGAGUGACAAUGAGGGUGAUCGGGUUUGUUCUUAGACGACCACGAGGUCACCCUGCAAACAUUUUUGUCAUGACAGAAACACUGGACUGUGACAGUGAGAGCACAUGUGUCUACAGUCACAGCAGUGUUACAUUAGUCAUAUGAAUAACAUCCAAUGAGCUUACGGUGUAUACAGUAUUUUAUACACUGAAUCAUCCUCUCUUUACAUUCCAGUACAUAAACACGGCCUUUUUUAUUUGCAGUUUACAGGGAGAAAGCAUGUCUCUCACUUAGAAAUAAAAACUAGACUAUUGUUACUAUGGUUACUUGGCUUAAUCCUGUGAUGAGAGCGACGGGGAUCACCUAACGCUCUUCAUGAAUAUCCUGAAAACUGUUUUCUUUGGACUUGAAUCACUUGCUCAUCAAUGUGAUGAUCGGUGUAUAAGCUGUAGAUGUAACUGGCAUGACUUUGAGAGAUUAUCGGUAGAAAACUCUGUUAACGAUAAAAAUAAGCAAAAAGACUGUUUCUUCUGAAAUUUAAUGUAAAUUUGUACAUACAGGAUUAUGGGAUACAUUUAUUUAAGGUCUUAUUUAUGUGAUAUUUAUAUAUUUUAAAGUUGUGAGACUGUAAAAGUAACCCACAUAAAAUGUAUUUCUAAUACUGGGUCAACCAAAGACUACUGUAUGUGAUGGUUCUCUGCUGCACAAACAUAUUGUACAAUCAUUUCAGUCCUUCAGAACCUACUCACUAACUAACUGUUGCUGUAAAAGACAUUUUUUUCAUUGUUUUCAAAACUUGUGUCCCAGUUUCAAUUCUAGAAAAAUAUUGCAUUUAGAGGAGCAAAACAAAAUAGAAUGAGUCGUUUUCAUGAUUGUUAAACUGUCAAAGUCAAAUUGUCAAAGUCUGUAGCCGAAGAUGGUAGUGAUGAAAUAAAGCCUUAAAGACUUCACAA